CAAAAAUAAAAAAUAGGAAUAACGUUAAGAAACGAAAUACAGACAAAAUAUGAUAAAUUAGCAAUAAAAAAAUCACCGUUUUGAACACGAGGUUUCCACGCAAAGUACCCUAUAAAUAAAAAAGAUCCCUCCAAUUUAGAGUACAUCUUAACAUAUAUUUUGUAGCAAAAUCCCAGCAUCCGCUUUCUGGUGACCUUCCUACGCAAGUGUAACAACUGGCUUAUCCUUCUACGCUCCUAUAUAAACCUCUUUUAUUCUCUCAACAUUCAUGAAAUUAAUUUGACUAAUUUCUAUUUCUAUUUCUUCUCUCAAAUAUAAAUUCAAAGAUUUCUUUUUAAAUUCAAGAACAUUUCAAAUUCAAGGUAUUAAUUCUCAAUCAAAAAAGAUGGAUUAUUCAGCUACAUGGUUGAGCUCUGCUUCUUUGGUUGUUAAAAAUUCUGAUAAUACUCUUCGUCUUUUCGAUGAAUCGCCCGUUCGAGAAUCCAUUAAGCCUAAGCUUAUCAAUACUGGACCCGCCCCCGAAGCUGGACCCGGACCUAGAUCUUCUCCUCCUAUGCCUUCCAAUGAAGUUGCUAGCAAACUCCGCCUUAAAGACGAGACAGUAGAUUUGAUGGAAGAAUUGAAUAGGGUGAAUGCAGAGAACAAGAGGCUAACAGAAAUGCUGACAGUAGUUUGUGAAAACUACAAUGAUUUGAAGAGACAAUUGGUUGAUUAUAUGAGUAAGAGUUGUAGUAAUGAGAUUAACAAUGCUAAUAAGAAAAGGAAGGUGGAGAAUUCAAGUAAUGGAAAUAAUAACAAUGGAGUUAUUGUUAAAAAUAAUGGAGAUACAAGUUCUAGUGAUGAAGAAGAUUCUUAUGAUCAUAAACCUAAAGAAGAGACUAUUAAAGCUAAGAUUACUAGGGUUGCUGUUAGAACUCAAGCUUCUGAUUCCACUCUUAUUCUUAAGGAUGGUUAUCAAUGGAGAAAAUACGGUCAAAAAGUCACUAGAGAUAAUCCUUGCCCUAGAGCUUAUUUUAAGUGUUCGUUUGCUCCAAGCUGCCCAGUUAAGAAGAAGGUUCAAAGAAGUCUAGAAGACCAAUCAAUGCUAGUAGCAACGUAUGAAGGAGAACACAACCAUCCACAACCAGCACAACAAGAGGGUGGAGCCGGAACAGUAACCGCACCAUCGAGCUCGAGUCGAUCCAUCGUGUCGCUUAGUUCGGUCCCAAGUAACGGCUCGAACCCAACAGUCACACUUGACCUAACAAAGCCAAAGUCUAACGUUACCAAAUGCAAUAACGUACACGACUUUUCUAGUACAAAUACAAACAAGAUGUUUAAUAAUACGUUAAAUCAAAAUCAAGUAGCCAAAUUUAGCUCACCGGAAUUCCAAAAACUAUUGGCUGAGCAGAUGGCUUCUUCCUUGACUAAAGAUCCAAACUUUACAGCCGCCCUAGCCGCCGCCAUUACUGGAAGAUUUGUUCAGCAAAGCUCUAGUGAUUAAUUAAAUCAUUAAUUCCAUUAUUAAAUAUUAAUGAUUAAUUAGCAUUAUUCCUUGGAUAGACCGGCCUUCUUGUCUAUCUUUUUUAAUCAUUUUCAAACUCUGAUUAAAAAUUUUUAUGAACAAGAUAUAGUGAUCGAAUAUGAGGAGCUGAUGAGAUGGGCAAAAAAAAGUGGUAGGUCCAUUUUGAAUUGUCAGAAAAAAUAUUUCUAUGUACAAGUGUUCAAAUUUACUAAAAAUAUGAUUUUGGCUAAUGCAGCUUAUUAAAAGCUGUUUAGGCAAUUGUACAGUUAGUUAUUUCAAUAAUUAGUUUUAGAGAUUUUUAUAUGACAGAUUAUAUUGAAGCCUUGUAAUUUUGAUAGUAACAUGUAAUUCAAUUUCUUGCCAAGGCUAA